AUGCUGCGAGUGAGGUGUCUGAGAGGAGGGAGCAGGGGGGCCGAGGCUGCCCAUCUGAUCGGAGCCAUGGUGGGCCGUGCAGCAACUGCUUGGGUGCAACGGGCCUUCCAGAGCACCUCAAGUGCAGCAGCUGCUCAAACACAGCCGACGGUUGAUGACGACCAUGUUACUGAGCCCGCACGGCAGGAGUGUCCUGUUAGCAGCUACAAUGAAUGGGACCCUCUGGAGGAGGUCAUCGUGGGCCGCGCUGAAAACGCCCGCGUGCCUCCUUUCACCGUGGAAGUGAAAGCCAACACAUAUGAGAAGUACUGGUCCUUCUAUCAGAAGUAUGGGGGCCAACCUUUUCCUGAGGACCACUUAAAAAAAGCUGUUUCUGAGAUUGAAGAAAUGUGCAAUAUUCUCCGUCACGAGGGUGUGACCGUGAGGAGGCCAGAACCUAUCGACUGGUCCCUGGAAUACAAAACUCCGGACUUCAAAUCAUCAGGCAUGUAUGCCGCCAUGCCUCGAGAUAUCCUGAUGGUGGUGGGAAACGAGAUCAUCGAGGCGCCAAUGGCAUGGAGGGCUCGCUUCUUUGAGUACCGGGCAUACCGACCUUUGAUCAAGGAGUAUUUCAGAAAAGGUGCUAAAUGGACCACUGCUCCCAAGCCCACAAUGGCCGACGAGCUGUACGAUCAGGACUACCCCAUCCGCACGGUGGAGGACAGACACAAACUGGCCGCUCAGGGCAAAUUUGUGACCACCGAGCAUGAGCCCUGCUUCGAUGCUGCCGAUUUCAUUCGUGCUGGGAAGGACCUGUUUGUCCAGAGAAGUCAGGUUACGAACUAUAUGGGAAUCGAGUGGAUGCGUCGUCACCUUGCCCCAGACUACAAAAUCCACAUCAUCUCCUUCAAAGAUCCCAACCCAAUGCACAUUGAUGCUACUUUCAACAUCAUUGGACCAGGGCUUGUGCUGUCGAAUCCUGAUCGGCCAUGCCGCCAGAUCGAAAUGUUCGAAAAGGCUGGCUGGACUGUCGUGAAACCUCCAACACCGCUGAUACCAGAUGAUCACCCUCUCUGGAUGUCCUCCAAAUGGUUGUCCAUGAAUGUUUUGAUGCUGGAUGAGAAGCGCGUCAUGGUUGAUGCUAAUGAAUCCACCAUUCAGAAAAUGUUUGAGAACCUCGGUAUAAAGACCAUAAAGGUGAACAUUCGCCAUGCCAACUCACUGGGUGGUGGCUUCCACUGCUGGACUACUGACGUCCGCCGCCGUGGUACACUGCAGUCCUACUUUCACUAG